AUGUCAGUGCUAAGUCCACGAGCGUAUGUUGCCCUCACAGCAACUGGAGACGGGAAGGGCAUGCACAGCCGCUUAGAGGAGGAGAUCCGUCGCCGAAUGGUGGAGCAGGCCAAAUGUGAGGUUCCUAGCGGCGAGGGCGACUUAGCAUCUCGCUGGGCGGCAGCAGAGCGAUCGCUGUUGCGACCAGCGUCUGAUGUUGAGGAUGAAGGACGGCUCACAUUCUACGAGUGGCAGGAACUGCAAGGCCUGCGAGCGCGUGAAAAGGAACACGCCGUGGAGCUGCAGCAGUUGCAGAAGCGGCUGGAGGAAGCGGAAGGCCCGCAGCAUUUGAAGGUCAAAGCCCUGGAGCAGGAGCUCUCCUGCACCGACCAACUGCUCGUCGAGCGCAACCAGCACUGCCGAAAGGUGGAACUUGAAAGAUCCAACCUCAAUGCAGCUCUGAAGAAGAAGGACCAAGAGCUCAAGGACCUGCGGGAAGAGUUGGCAGCUGCAAAGGAGCAGACGCAGGUAGCCCAGAAACGUAUGGCUGAGAAAGACGCGGAGGCGAAGGCCCUCCAGAGAAAGUGUGAGCGGCUGGAGCGAAGUCUUAAGGAAACCGUCGUUCUGGAAAGCUGCGGACAGCAGCAGUCAAAAAUCUGUAGGUCGCAGUCUGGAGGUAUGCUGGCUGAGAGACCGCCGCCAAUCAUGUGUCUGAAGUGGUGA